AUGUCUACCCACGUUAACCCUAGCUCUAGCUCUAGUAUUAGCUCUAAAAUUUCUUUAUCAGAUUCCAACUACGCCGUCUCAUUUGAGCGCAAUAAUCACGGUGAGAUUUUUAUCGAUAAUAUGUUAGCGGAAAUGAUCGAAAAUAUGUAUGCUACAGAUAUUUUUGCAGACGAAGACAUGAGAGGUGAAAGUGAACAAGAAAUACAUGUUAUUCAAACUGAUUCAGAAGAAAUAACUGUAAGGAGGGAAGGUGACUUAUUUUUUACUGAUAAUCAGUUACAAAUGAUUGUUGAGAAUACAAACAAAUAUGAGCAAACAAAAGGAUUUAGUGAUAGUCGUCCUUGGAGUCCUCUUACAUUAAAGGAGUUAAAAGUUUGGAUUGCCCUGAUCAUCUAUAUGGGGAUACAUAAAAUCUAUGCAGUUGAAGACCUAUGGAAUUGCAAUGAGAGAAAACCAAUCCAUAGUAUUAAAGAUUUUAUGUCAUUGGUUAGAUUUCAACAAAUUAAGCACUUCUUUCACAUUUCUCCUCCUGGUGAAACUCAGUUCUUUUGGUAUUCCAAGGUUGAACCAUUAGCAUCACACCUGAGAAAUAUGUUUAAAAAACUAGGGCUACAAAUUGUUUCACUUUGUGAUGCUGGUUAUACAUGGACCUUUACAUUCACAUCACAAAUUGAGAAGAAUAGAGAAAUAGAACAAAUUACUGGACUUACAAAUACUGGGUGUUUGGUAUGGCAUUUAGUACACCAGCUUCCUAAAACUAAAUCCUAUAAUGUGCAUAUGGAUAAUUACUUUUCUAGCAUUGCACUUUUCAAGUAUGAUAAUGGUUAUGGAGCCUGUGGGACUGUUUGUUUAAAUUCUGCUAAGUUUCCUGCAGAAUUAAAACUUGGCAAAUUAAAAUACCAACAUUUGGAUUGGAAUACAUUGCUAGGAAAGGUAGUAGAAAAUGUUUUGGCCAUAUUAUGGAUUGACAAUGGCCCAGUAACUAUGUUAACUACAAUCCAUAAUAUUGGUGAAGAAUGGACUGUGACAUGUGAACAUUGUAGACCAAGAGAAACUAGCUCUAAUGCAAAUACUGUUUGUCGAGUCUUUGGGAAUCUUUCCAGGAAAGCAUUAGAGAUUCCCAAGAUUAUUGAUGACUAUAAUCAUUAUAUGGGUAGUGUGGAUAUUGCAGACCAACUGAGAGGGUAUUGCAAUUGCCAGUUAACAGUCCACAGAACAUGGUUUCCCUUGUUUUUCUGGUUAUUAGAUACUACACUUGUUAAUUGCUUUAAGCUUUAUUGUAAGGCCACUGACCAGAAGGUUGCAAGCAAAGAAUUUAGACUUGAUCUGGCAUGGGAUCUGAUAAACAGCACUGUGGAAGAUGUGGGUAAAAGAAUCUAG